CUGUUUUUCCUAUAUAUUUGUUUUCAAUUUUUCCUGAUUGUGAAACUUUUUUUUAAGUGUUAAUUUUGUCCAGUCAUGACAGAAUCGCGAACAGGAAUUGCGCUUCGGGAACUUUAUUGGAACACAUUAGUUCUGGGUAGCCACUAUCCAGAAGAAUUCAAAAGUGGAAGAUUCAGAAGUGCUCCUAAUGAUCAAUUCCCGAUGGAUAUUGUUAUUGGACUAGACAAAGUGGCAAAUGUCUAUAAAGUUGUCAUUGAUGCUGACGAUUCGUUUACGCCAUCACGAGUUACUAUUCGUGUUGGAAAGGGCGAGUUGGACACAUUAGUUAAUUAUAAAAAUGCAAGAAUUGCCAAGUAUCAAAAGCCGGUCUCGCUGGAAUUUCAUAGACGAGAACGAUCUGCUAGUCGACUGGAGAGCAAACAUGCUUUCACUGAUGCAAUUGGUCAAUACAUCUGGAUAACAAUUGACAAACCCAUUCCAUUAUCACAAAAUCCACACGGACAAGUUGAAAUUCGGAAGCUAACAGUUUUAGGGUACCCAUUGUCAGAUGAGAUGGUACGGCAAAUGGAGCCGGAAAUAGAGGAAAUCCACGCGGAUGAGCCGGUAAAACAGGUGCCUGAACACAACAGCAGACCAUCAUCGAAAAGAAAUGUUAAAGUGGAAAGACAUAGCUAUGAAGGUGACGGGAUGUCAAUGAAAGAAGAAACGAAUCUAAGUGGAGAUCCACUUACAUCAGUUCGUACAAUUCGAAGAGUUUUGGAACAAAAAAUGGAAAAGGCAAAUUUCGAUGGAAAGACAAUUCAAGCAACUGUUUGUCUUCGGGCAAUUCAACGAAUUGACGAGUAUGAAGCAAGGAUUGAAGAUUUGGCAACUAGAAGAAGUAAAGCUUUAGAAGUUGGGGAUCUGAAUAUGGCCGAACGUCAUCGACUGGCAAUGAUUGAUUGUAGAGAUACAGUAUUCCGAGCAGUUCACGUUGAUUUGCUGUUGGAUAGAGAUGAACUCCGCGCAAUUGGAGUUCAAUCGGAAUGGGCAGAUUGAAACAGACAGCGAAACAGAAAAAAAUUUAUUGAUUUCAAUUAUUCUUGGGGUAGAGUUAGUCGAAAACCAAUAAAUAUUAGAGAAGUU